AUUUCUUUAUUAAUAAUCAUAACCACCAAUUAUUUCUUAUAUUCUCUCCUUUUUCUCCUUCAUAUUCUUGUCAGUUUUCAAACCUCAACCUACUUUCUUCUUCAAUACUUCAAUCCACAUAUCUUUAUCUCAGAUGGACUUCCACACUUUUGCCAACACUGAACUUGCACUGGAACUAGGUCUUAAUCCAACACUAUCCAUGGCCGAAAACACGACAAACCCUACCAAGAAACCUAACCCGAGUUCUGAUCACCCUCUUGAGCCGAAUCUAACCUUGGCUCUUUCCGGUGAUUCAUGUGGCGGUUCGUCGUUCUCUAAUGCUAGUGUGAAGAGGGAGAGAGAGGUUGCAAGUGAUGAAUCUGGAGAGAGAGGAGUGGAGAACACUAGUGGUGAAGAAGAUGAAGAUGGUGGUGUGAAUUGUAAGAAGAAACUAAGGUUAACUAAAGCUCAAUCUGGACUACUAGAGGAAGCCUUUAAACUUCACACAACUUUAAACCCUCAGAAACAAAAGCAAGAGCUUGCAAGGGACCUAAAGCUAAGGCCUAGACAAGUUGAAGUUUGGUUCCAAAACAGGAGGGCAAGAUCAAAACUGAAGCAAACCGAGUUGGAUUGUGAGUACUUAAAGAAAUGCUACAAGACAUUAACGGAUGAGAACCAAAGACUCCGGCAAGAGGUUCAAGAACUAAAAGCACAAAAAGUGUCGACACCCAUGUACAUGCAGCUGCCGGCGGCCACCCUCACCAUGUGUCCGUCGUGUGAACAGAUCGGAGACACCACCAAAAGCCCUUUUACUAUGGCUCCUAAACCACUAUACUUUUUUAAUCCCUUCAAUAGCUCAUCGGCAGCUUGUUAAUUAUUAUUAUUAAUUACGUAUAUGGUUUGUGUUGCUUAAAUUAAUCACCCAUGCACAGCACAGCCCUGGCCGUUUUUAGAGUCAAGGGCUUAUCUUGCAGGUUAGUGGUUAAGAAAAAGAUAUAUAUUAUCGUAGGAAAGAUGUCAGAAUUCCACUUAUAUUUGUUCUUUUAUUAAAAAAAAAAAGUGUAGUUAAGUUUUCUUGUAAAUAAUCUACUGCUUAUUGUAUAAUAUUAGUUCAUCCAAAUCCCUUUGUAAAGGAUGUUAGUUAUCACGUC